AUGGGCGUGGGCCUGCAACCGCUGGAGUUUACAGAGUGCCUGGCAGAUAGUCCACACUUCAGAGAGAACCUACAGCGACAUGAGAAGGAACUGGAAAGGACGAGCCAGCAGAUCAAACGCCUCAUCAAAGAGGUCAAGGAUGUCGUGCAAGCCGCCAAACGUCUUGGUGCAGCCCAACUGGCUCUUGCAGCCAGUAUGGAACAGUUCGAGUUCGCCUGCAUAGGUGCCUCGAUGACUGAAGAUGAGAGGGUCAUCGGAAGAUCCUUGCAUCACUUCGCUAACCUUAUCAGAACUAUAGAAGAUGAAAGAGAUAGAAUGCUGGGUCGAGCACACGAGCAGAUUAUUCAGCCUCUGGAGAAGUUCAGGAAGGAACAUAUUGGUGCUGUUAAGGAAGGCAAGAAGAAGUUUGAUAAAAAGACUGCAAAAUUCUGUCAGAGUCAAGAGCGUACAUUGUCGCUAUCAACCAAAAAACCAGAAGCUGUCUUCCAAGAAGCGGAUGCUGCAAUGGAUAUGGCGGAGCGCGACUUCUGCCAAGCGUCCUUGGAGUACGUGUUCCAACUGCAAGCAGUUCAGGAGAGGAAGAAGUUCGAGCUGGUCGAGACGCUGCUCGGGUUUGUCUUCGGAUGGUGGACAUUCCAUCACACGGCUCACGACGUACACGCUGACGCUGAGCCGCUAGUGAGGGACCUGCAGCUGAGGAUACAGAGGACGAGAAGUAACUUUGAAGAGACGAGCAAACAGACGGAGUCGCUGAUGAAAAAAAUGAUGGAGGUCAGGCAAAUGCAUAAAGAAGACGAAGGCAUGGAGGAUGGCGCUGUUUCCAAAGCUGGUUACUUGUUCCUAAUGGAGAAAAAGGCGUUUGGUACUACGUGGAGCAAACAGUACUGUACAUAUGAGAAGACAACGAGCACACUCACACUGAUGCCAUAUAACCAGAUAAAUGUAAAGACGGCUGGACCCGUGGAAAGCGUGGUAGUAGUUGGAGCUCGGCCGGUCACUGAUGCUGAGAGGAGGUUUUGCUGGGAGGCGUUAGUUGAGGAGAAGCCGCCCUUAUCUUUACAAGCGGCUGCUGAGAGGGAGCGGGCUGCUUGGAUAAGGACGCUACGAAGGGCCGCCGCCCCGCUGAGGGACGCGCCGCCGCCCGCUGAUAGUGAUGAACUAUGGACAUUAGAUGAUGCUGGGUUUGAAUUUGUGAGGAGACUGGCUGCUGAGUUAGAAUCGAGGGGGCUAGAUGAUCAGGGAUUGUACCGCGUGGCCGGAGUUUCGUCCAAAGUGUCCCGCCUCGUGUCCCUAGGUCGUUCGGGUCGCCUGCCUCCGUCGCUAGAAUCGUUCGAGUCUCGAACACUCACGUCGGCCCUCAAGAGCUACCUCCGCGCGUUACCCGACCCACUGCUCACACGACGACUGCACGACGAUUUCUUAGCCGCAGCCAAGUGCGAGCGAUCGUCGGAGCGAGUGUCCCGUCUGUACUCACUAGUUCGCGCGCUGCCAGCCUCCAACCGCGCCAUGCUGCAGCUAGUACUGACUCACUUAGAGCGCGUAGCGGCCAGGAGUGACGUCAACCUGAUGACGUCAUCAAACCUCGCCGUCUGCUUCGGACCGACGUUACUACGGGCAGAGCGAGAGACAGUCGCCUCUAUACUGGAGCUGAAGUUCUACAACGUGUUGGUUGAGGCGCUACUAGAUAAUAUAUCCGCGGUGUUCGCGCCUCACCCGCCUGUCGUGGAGAACCAUAACGGUAUUAGUGGAACUUCUCCGUCGUCGAUACCUCUUGCCUCACGCAAUGAUAUCAGUGUGUGUGAUCGUUCCCUGGUCACUUGUGGUCCGGGUGUUUCUGAUGCGAGCGUGUCAGGAGCCGCUCUAGGCACAUACUCUCCUCAUCACCAUCAAUUGUUGCAGCACUUCUCGAACGCACACACACGUGUAGGUCGUUGUAGUAGCAGCUCGGAGUCAGUGUCGAGUCACAGCGCGUCCCCGCCGCCCCGCGCGCCCCUCACACACAACACACACAACCCAACGCUCGCCUUCCCCACCAGGACCAAUCGUGUGCGGACGUUGUACGCGUGCCUCGGUGAGAGUGAAGGCGAAUUGUCCUUUGAACCGAACCAGAUCAUAACUAACGUGUGUCCGUCGGGCGAGCCUGGCUGGCUGAGAGGGUCACUCAACGGAAAGAGCGGCCUCGUGCCUCAGAACUACGUGGAACCUCUACCUUAG